GCUGAGCUCUGCGGGUUUCUCCCGGAAGGCCGCUCUGUGCCUCACUUCGUCUCCUCUCUCUCUCUCUCUCUCUCUCUCUUUUUCUCUCUCGCUCUCCGUUUGAUUCGGAGACUUCCUACGCAUGCGCCCGGACUCGUUUAAAAUCAUGAGAGUCUUAAUCGGUGGCGGGACUGGAUUUAUUGGCCGAAACUUAAGCCGGGUGCUAAGGAGCCAAGGCCAUGAAGUCACCCUUAUUUCUCGUCAACCUGGAAAAAACCGGUUAACCUGGGAUGAACUCUCCCGUGUGGGCCUCCCUUCCUGUGAAGGAGUGGUCAACCUGGCUGGAAUAAAUGUCCUCAAUCCUCUUCAGAGGUGGAAUGAUGCCUUCCGUCAGGAGGUCAUUUCCAGCCGAGUAGAGACCACAAAAUCCUUGGCGAAAGCCAUCAGAGAUACUGAACACCCACCUCAGGCCUGGGUCCUUGUCAGCGGCAUAGGAUAUUACCGGCCCAGCCACACCACCAAAUACACUGAAGAAAGUCUUGGUGGAGACUUCGAUUUCUUUUCUCGCUUGGUGACCUCUUGGGAGGAAGCAGCUAAAAUUCCUAGUGAAGCCACUCGCCAACUGGUAGUGAGAUCUGGGGCUGUCCUAGGCAAAGAUGGUGGCGCCAUUAGCCAGAUGAUAUGGCCUUUCCGCCUUGGACUGGGAGGCCCCAUCGGUUCUGGACACCAGCAUUUCCCGUGGAUCCACGUCUCCGACUUGGCAGGAAUUGUGACCCACGCGCUGCAGAAAGAGGGCCUCAGGGGCAUCUUAAAUGGUGUGUCGCCGACCGCAGUGGACACCACCAAUGAGGACUUUGCCCGAGCGAUGGGGUCGGUGCUCAAACGUCCCGCCUUCUUGCCCCUGCCGGGUUUUGUAGUGAAAGCUGUUUUCGGCUCCGAGCGAAGCACCAUGCUGCUCGAUGGGCAGCGGGUUGUCCCCAAGAGAACUCUCGAGAGCGGCUACACGUUUGCAUUCCCUGAUCUUUCCUCUGCUCUCCAGGAUAUCCUAGAUUGACCUGAGGAGGCGUGAGGCUGCAUGUCAACAUGUUUCCGUUUUUGUCUAAUACUUGCUGGGUAGGCGCAACGCUCAGUCUUAUAAGUAGGUUGACUUGUAACGCCGUAGGUUUGUUUUGAGCACUGGAGUUUCUAACCCAGGAAGUUGCUCUGUUCAAAAAAAGAUUGGCUUGUUCCCAAAGAAUAAAAUCUAUGUCAUGGUGGAAACGUUGCUGUGAGGAGAAGAGGAGUAGCUUGCAGCGGUUCUUCCCGUAAAUGGUAGAUUUGUUAUCUUCUAGAAGUUCUCUUACCACAACUUAACGAUAAUCGGGACGGGCAGCAAAAAUGUUAUAGUAUCUGUGAAACAACGCACCGGUCUUUGAGUGGAGAAUAUACCAGUGGUGGAUUCUCAUGUUGGGCGAACUUUUGAAUGUAUUUAUUUAUUUGGGGGGUACAGUGGCCUAGAGGUUAAGAUGCCGGGCUUGUCAUCUAGAAGGAGACAUGGAAAGAGAAAAUAAGGAUAUGGCAGUCCCAAAGGUGCUUUUUUUUAAAAAAAAAAAAAAAAAGUCAACUAGACUUUGUUUUUCCUUAAAGACGUUUCAAUUCUCAUCCAAGAAGCUUCUUCAUUUCUAGAUGUAUGGUUGAGGAUGGGAGGAUUUAUAUUCCUUGCAAUCAUCUGGUUGUUAGUGCUCUUUUUGAGAGUUGUUGAGGCCCCUUGGACGUUUAUCGGUGCCCUCAGGGUCACCUGAAUAGUAAAAAUGGGUGUAGAACAGGGCUGUCAAACUCGCAGCUCAGGGGCCGGAUGUGUCAUGCACUGGCCAUGCCCACACCGGAUUUGGUGAAGGAGAAAAAAGUUGCGAUACGUCAUGUGACGCCGCUAGUUUGACACACCUGGUGUAGAACCUUCUUGGAACUGCUGCAAGGACUAUAUUGCAAACUAGAGAUAGGUGGUGUGGCAUCUUUUGAAGACAGCAAAGUCUGGACAGAGAGGACCGCUGGUUCAAAAGAGGGGUCAAAGAGGCCAUCUACAUUAAGAUUGAAAAGCCAUCUCUCAACGGAAGGAGAGUCUACAACACCACCUAUCUCCUGUUUACAACACAGUCCUUUCGGAAGUUCUGAGAAGGUUCCACGCCCAUUUUCAUGAUUCAGGUGACCCUGAUGAUACAGAUAAACUUCCAAGUGGCCUCAAUGACUCUCAGAAAGAGCGCUAACGACCAGAUGACUGCAAGGAAUAUAAACCCUUCCAUCUUCCACCAUUCAGCCAGAACCGAAGAAGCUUCUUGGAUGCAAUGCGAAAUGUCUUCAAGGAAAAACAAAGUCCAGUUGCUGUCUGAAAAAAAAACAGCAUCUUUGGGACAAGCAUGGCCUGGAUGACUGAGAAUCUCCAGAGACAAGGAUGCAGAAGGGGGCUUUUCCAGAGGGGGAACUGGUAGGAAACCCUCCACCCCAUGAGCUUCACUGGGCUCAGUAGCUUCUCAGUCUGAUCUUUCCCCAAGGCCACAGGUCUGCUCUUGACUUAGGAUCUCUUCCGCCCGAGUCUUUGAAUUAGCCCAACAUGUGAGGCCAUUGUGCGGUUUAUUUGCUUUUCGCUUUGUGGAAUUUUUCAGUAAAUCAUGGUUAAGCAAAUCAAA